CAACAUAUUCGCAAUCGACUGUAACAGUUAACUUCAUCGCAGUCACUCCAACCUCAAUGCGUACGCCGCGAAAUCACUAUGAUGCCACGUUUGUGCGUUGUCCAAUCUACACAUAGUACAUACUCAACCGUUAGCCACAUCUAAGGAACCAAACAGUAGGUCGUGAUAGUAUUGUCACGGUGAUCCGUGGAUGCGGGGCCGUGACCACAGCUUGACAUAGCAGUGACGUAGUUCAUUGCACCACAGCGCUGCACGCCCUCGCCAUCCGUAACGCCUUCUUGCCCUCGCCCACCCACUCACCCUUGGCACCGCUACACCUCUAGCCAAGAAUCUCGUCCAAUAUCACGUCGUGAUGGACAAACAUACGAAGAUACACGCUCGGCACGACGAUGUGCCCAAGGAACAUCGAGUACACAGGACUGGCGACUGGCUCCCCGGAGACCAUCGCAUCCACAAGGAGUGGCUGAGCGGCGUGAUCGAGCACGUCGACAAGAACCCGAAGGAUCUUCACCCAGUCCUCCAAGAAUUCAAGACGCUCAUCGAGACCGACACUCGCGUUUACAUGCUCAUGCAGUCCAUGUUCGAGCAGGUACCCACCAAACCGCCCUACUCGUCCGACCCGACCGGACACAGGCAGAUCCGGGACUACGAACACAUGCUCCAGUUGUUCAACCACCUCAUAACGACGCCGCCGCAGUGGAGCGACCGCUCGCACCGCGUUGGUAUGGUCGGCGUGCCUAUCAAUGCCGUCCUCGACUGGCCGAUGGGCACCCCGAGUGGCUUCGCACUCUUCCUCGAUCCGGGGGUCAACCGGAUGCUCAAGAAGGUCCUCGACGCAUGGGGCGAAUACCUCCGCUCCGGAGAAUCCGCCAAACAGGCGCUGAACGACGGUCCGAACGGCUGGUUCAGCGCAGACGGCACGGCCGACCUCACCACCGUCGCAAACGGUGCUGUGGGUACCUCGCACACGUUCGAAGACAUAUUCGAGUGCGACCCAUCAAGGCCCUACCAUGGCUUCGCGUCCUGGGACGCGUUCUUCACGCGCAAAUUCAGAGAGAACGUGCGCCCGGUCGCUGCGCCCAACGACGACAACGUCAUCGCGAACGCGUGCGAGUCGAAGGCGUACAACGUCGCGCGUAACGUCGCGCUGCGAGACGCGUUCUGGAUCAAGGGCCAGCCGUACUCUGUACUCGACAUGCUUGCGUACGACGAGCGUGCGCCGCUCUUCGCCGGCGGGACCGUCUACCAGGCGUUCCUCUCCGCACUCUCGUACCACCGCUGGCACGCGCCUGUCAGCGGGCGCAUCGUGCGCGCAUACGUCAAGGAGGGCACGUACUACUCCGAGCCGCUCUUCGAGGGCGUCGGUGACCCCGCCAAGCGCGACACGGACGGGGACGCAAUCAACAUGCAGAACGAGAACGCCUCGCAGGUGUACCUCACCGCGGUCGCGACGCGCGCGAUCAUCUUCAUCGAGGCGGACAACCCGGCGAUUGGCCUCAUGGCAUUCCUGGGCGUCGGGAUGACCGAGGUGUCGACGUGCGAGAUCACGGUGCGCGAGGGUGACCAUGUGAAGAAGGGGGACGAGAUCGGGAUGUUCCACUUCGGUGGUUCGACGCAUUGCUUGAUGUUCAGGAAGGGCGUAGAUGUGCAAGGAUUCCCGGAUCCGGGUGGGGCAGAGAACGUUCCUGUGCGUGGCAAGCUGGCAGUCGUCAAGAGCGGAGUAUAGCUUUCGCGCGUCGACGGGCAGCCGUCCAGUGCAUAUUUGGCGGACUGUAGGAUCACGCUGCGCCUCAGUACAUAGUAGUCGAUGGAGCGCACGCACCAGGGAAUAGACAUCGCAUUAGUAACAC